UGGAUUGUCUCCCCCUCCCCCCCCCCUGAUCAGUCCGGACAAGCCGAAAGGAGCGUUCCAGGGCGAAGCAAGACCAAGCCUGCGGGGAAUGGAUGACUGCUAUGGCGUGGGGACAUUGUGGACCGCCUCGGACCUUCCCUCCACCCUUCCAUCUACGAUGCACUUCUCCAUUCGGUCGACGAACGGGUGGAAACGAGGGGGGGCAGAGGGCGCCAUGACGGCCGUCGUCCUCGCCCCCAAUGAGUCCGCCCGAUAUCAGGGAGAAUGACCGAGAGAGAGAGAGAGAAAAGGAACCAUCAGAUAAAGCACAGUGGAGACUCUUCCACGAUGAUUAGGGAGAGAGCGGGAGCGGAGGGGAAGAGAUCACGGGAAGGAAGUCCCACGUUGCAAUCAAAAAACACUCAGCAUCUACCAUCAGUGAAGGCAAAAAAGAAAAAGAGGCCGUGGUUCCUUCCCACCCGUCAUCAUCCCUCCAUAUCCAUCAUUAUUUCCUCCUUUUCUAGGUUGUUUUCCUUCUUUGUCGCCCUCCCCCCGAUAGAUCUGCCCUUCCCCCGUGACGUUUCCCAACAGGAUUUCCCCCGCGCCGGUCGAGAUGCCCGAGGGGGAAACGCUCCCCGUGUGAGAUUUCCCAUUCUCUAUUUCUCCGCUCCGCUCUUCAUCCCCGUCCGCCGCGGAAAACCUCGCGGCUCGCCUCCACCCCCCUUGGCCCGGCCUCGCUUCAACCUCGUCCGCUCAUGGGGAGGAGAGGAGAGGAGAGGUGGGGCCGAAAACGAGAAAUGCGUUCCUCGGGAGGGAAGGGGUUCGAGGGGGGGCGGGGGCUACUUUCUGUCCGUCGGGGAAACAAGUUGAGCGGGCUGGGAAAUUCUCGGUGGGAGAGGGGCGGAGGGCAAUGGAGAAGAGGACGGAAGAGAAAAAAAAACUCAUGGAUUUCUUCGAAGGAGGGGGGAGGGAGAGGACCUCCCCCGGGUUCUUCUCUCUCUCGAUGGAGAGGGGAGGGGUGUGAAUGAAGAGAUAUUUGUGAAAUAGACCACCCGGGAGUGGGAGGAAUGCCAGCCCUGCUGCU